CAUUUGGUAUCACAGUAAUAUACAUAAUUCCAUUUAUUUACAUAAAACGUAAAUUGCGGUUGGUUUGGUCAAAUACAUGGUAACAAUAAGCAAGCUGAUACCAUCCAUGAAGUGAACCCUUUAAUGUGUCGUAAGUAAAUAUUACUUAUGAUGAACCGUAAACACAUGUGCUCAGCAAAGAUCUUGAUUAAGAGAACUAUUAGCUUGCAUUUUACAGAAUGAAUCCCGGUUAUGGAUAUAACACAUUCGGCCAGUAUGGGAAUUCCAACCCUUACUCACAACAGAAUGGCAUGUUUAACCAACAAUCGUGGAAUCACGGAAUGAACAGUCACCAGUUUCACCCAGGUCAGUUCCCCAGACCGCAGCCUGGACCUUGGCAAUGUCCACCAAGAGGACCUCACGUACAAGGCCGAGGCACGACACAAGGGUUUAGACCGAGGUUCCAACAACGGUUUAGUAAUCAGCAUCAAAGACACAAUAACCCACAUCAGAAUCCUCAUAAUGUGACAAAGACAGGUUUCCACAAUAACAUGCCAAACGACAAGAAGAAAAACAAAAAGAAGAGAAUAGACAAGAGAGAACUUCCGGAAAACAACCAGUUCUUUUGUGACACAUGUGACAGAGGAUUUUGUUCUGAUGAAAAGUACCAAGAACAUGUUUUGCAACAUGAAAAGUGUUCAGAUCCAGCCUGUUCAUAUGUGGCUGCCCCGAAGCUGGUCAAGCUCCACUUCCAGAUGCAACAUCAAACAGGUCUUGCUCACAAGAUAUGGAAGCUUGAAUCACCAGAAGACAUCAAGAAAUGGAUUGAUGAGAGAAAAAGGAAUUUCCCAACAGCAGCCAACAUAGAGAGGAAGAAGGCGAUGGAGACGGAGAGAAGAUCUCGAGGGGAGAGACUGGACACGAAGUAUUUUGGAAAGAUGAAGGGUGGAAGGAACGGAAAUAAAUGGGGCAACAGGAAACGCCACUUCAAUGAUACUGAAUCUGACAUGCAACAUUCCCCCACAAAAAAACCAAACAUGGCAGAACAGACAAUACUAACAAACGGAAGCCUUAAGACUGAGGAUCCUUUGGCAGCCGUUUUGAUGCAGCCUCAAUCUGAAACUUGCACUGACUCUAUCCCUGAUCAAAUGAGUGUUGCUGGGGGGACUAGCGUCCCUCAUGGCAUCUUAUGGAGCAGAUUCAGAACCGGAGGAAUUGCCAAACACAUCAUACAUCAAGUCAAAACAAGGUUAGUCACAGAAUGGAUCAUCUGCACAUGUGAUAAUGCAUUUCCUGUCAUCCGCACAUCUCCAUCAAAAUCUUGUGGCAACAACCAAAAUAAGCCAGACAGUACCCAGAAGCCCAUGUCAAAUAGACAGAGGAAAAAUCAGAAGAAACAAAAUGGCAACUCGAAGAUGCAGAAUUCAAAACGUUCAACACUACUAGAACGGUUGCUUGCAAAGGAGAUCCGGCAUGAGCGGAACGUCUUGCUUCAGUGUGUGCACUACAUUGUCAAACAGAACUUCCUUGGUGUUGACCCGGAGGGAAAAAAGAACAAUGUGGGCUCAAGAUGACAUUUUAGUAAAAAUGCCGUUGAAAUGGACAGUAUGAGUUAGUUUCCUUGGACUAUACAUGAUGAGGAUGAUGUUCACUCGUCAUGUCUUAAAUUUUAGUUUUGAAAACAUUAUGUCUUAUCAUUUUAACAGAUCGUUACAUUUCUUUGUUGUAAUUUUCUGAAAAAUACAAAUAUAUGCAAUGUU